AUUCCACACAACACAGCAACAAGCAAGUGGCAAGUAUAUAAAAGCAAGUGCUUGGCGCGCUUGCGCCUGCAGUUACAAUUUGCGCACAAACCCGACCAGACGCCAAGCUCCCGGCAAAAGACAAAUUAAAUAUCGUCUGGAAUUUACAUACAAUAAAGUCAGCUGCAACAUGAGGAAGCAUUGCAUCUAUUGGAUUUGGCUGGUGCUGCUGCUGCGGUUGAUCUUCGUGAGGGCCGAACAACAGCAGGCGGAUGAGCACAGAAUCCAGCGCCGCUUCAUGUGGCAAGACAUGAACAACUCUGUGAUGGGCAGCGUCCUGGGGCGAAUGUUUAGCGGUGCCAGGGCCAUGAAGUCCAUGUUCACGGACCUCCUGCCGAGCACCGCAGUGUCGGUGGUGCACACAAAGAAGAAUCCAACGACAAUCGAUAUGCGGCCCACGGAGAUGACGCGCGUGAAGUACAUCAUCCGGAAUCCGCACACAAACAAACCCAUGAAGAUCAUCAAGAUGCGGCCGUCGGCCAAGAAGGUGGUGAAGCUGCGUCGACCACUGCCCAAGCCAGGCGUGAUCACGGAGUCGACAACGUAUUCCCUCAACUAUGAUCAUCGCAUACGACAGUUGGAGAAGGAGCAGGAGCUUAUCGCCGAGGGCAGGGCGCCGCAUAGCAGCGACGAGGCUCUCAUGGACAAGUACUUCCGGAAGAAGCCCAAGGGCGGUGGGGACAGUAGUGGCAGCAACGAAAUUGUCACCGGCAAGACAAUGCACUACCAGAGCUGGAAGCCCGUCUACAAGUCCGGGGAGCAGCCCAGCUCCUUUGUAACCCUGCGGCCACAAGCCCUCACCCAGCUGCACACGGACAUAUCCAGCAGCGGCGGUUCAGCGGGACAUCAUGAGCGCGAUCAUGAGCGCGAUCAUGAGCGCGAUCAUGAGCACGACCAUGAGCGCGAUCAUGAGCACGACCAUGAGCUGCUGCCCAAGCCAGAGAAGCUGGUGGGUUCGAGCAGCUACGAGUAUGGCCGUGGGGAUGAGGAUGAGACUGAGAACGAGUUGGCCAAGCAGAUGGGCCACCGUUACGAGGUCACCGAGCACACGGGCGAGGCGAGCGGCGAGUUUGAGGCUGUGGCAUCGAUGGAGAGCGGCUUUGUGCCCAGCAAGGGAUAUCGCAGUCAACCGCAACAGCAGCAGUCGGAGCGGCAGUCAGGGCAGCAUUCACCGAGGCCCAGGAUCCGUGGCAGCUCCACCACUAGCACCACAACCAGCACCACCGAAGCCCCCAAUUAUCCACCCUCGUUCCUGAAGAAGUACCGCGAACGCGAAGCUACCACCACGAGGCGACCCCGCAAGCACCAGCACAGGCAGGAGCUGAUCCACAUUCACGAGGAGGAUGAGCUGACCACCACGAGUCAGCCACCUGCGCCCUCCUUCUCGAUGAGCAGCAUGCGUGCCCGUCUCCAGGAGCAGCAGCGUCGCAGCAAGCCACAGCAGCACCACCAGCAGGAGCAUCACCACCAUCAGCAACAGCAACAGCAGCACCACCAGCAGCAGCUGGAGGAGGAGGCAGAGGAGGAGUACGAAGCGGCUCUGGUGAAGGCCAUGCAUGGGGAGAAGUGGCCGGCGGAGGUGCAUCAGAGUGGCUUUCAGCUGAGCAGCCCCAUCGGUCCCAGUGCGGUGGCCUUCGAGCAGCCGGUGCACGGAGAAGCAGCAUCAUCGGUGGCCAAGUAUCCGCAUCCCAAGGAGCACAAGCGGCCGCCGCGUGCCAACAUCCGAGAGCGGGGAUCUGUGAAGUUUGGCGACAAGCCCAGCUACGAGGACGACGAGGUGUGAUCAGAGAGGGAGAAAGGGAAAUGGAUAUUAACCAAAACCAAAGAGCCAAAGCUGCAGUUAAGCUAGAGGACGGGGGAGGUUAACCAACAGUUAACCAACAGUUAACCAACAGUUAGGCUAAAAGUUAACCAACAAUUAAGUUUAAUUGGCUAAUCUCACAACCAAGUUGGCGUUUGCCCAGUAAAAGCGAAGU